GUUUAUCGUGUGACAACUUCCUGUUUCCAAUGUGAUAAGUAUUUCUUGCAAAAUCGCUCAAAUUAAUCACUAAGGAAAAAUCGUCUAAUUUUGCCAUUAAAUUAAUGGAAAGGGAUUAUUUAUUAACUUAAUUUUUUGGUAUGAAUUAAAGAGGUUAAAGACCUGUUGUAAUUCUCCCAAAUAUAAUAGACCAAAGCUGUCCAAAAAUAUUUAGUUUGACUGUGAUAGUAUAAAAGUGAAUAUGGCUUCAUCAGCUAAGAAAUACCAUCAUAUCCAAGAGAUUGUAGCCCACUCUUCCAAAGUUAACUGUGUUGCACUUGGCCAAAACUCUGGGAGAGUCAUGGCUACUGGUGGUGAAGAUAAAAAAGUUAAUUUAUGGACCACUGAUAAGCCUAAUUGUAUUAUGGUAAUUAUUAAAUUUAUUUGUUUUUGAGGGCGAUAACGAAGAGAAAAGUAAUUUUGUAACAUUUUAAUAAGUAAUUUUCAAUAUCUUUUGACAAGAAAUAAGAAUCCAUAGAGGAUGGAUUCAACCUAAGAAAGGCUAUAACGGCUCUUGACAGUUUUAAAUUUAUUUGAAUGUCUUUCAAUCUCUUUAUCGCUUUCUAUUCAUAAAGAAUGCAUUGUGCAUUGAAUGGAAUUGAACUAGAACAAACUAUACAGACUCUCUCGGGCCAUACAAGCGGCGUGGACUGCGUACAAUUCAACAAAACUGAAGAACUUGUCGCAGCCGGUUCUGCGUCUGGUUGUUUGAAAUUGUGGAAUUUGGAACAGUGCAAAAUUGUGAGAACUCUGAAUGGGCAUAAAUCUAGCAUAAAAAGUAUCGAAUUCCACCCAUGUGAGCGUUUUGUUCUGAGUGGAAGUACCGAUAGUAAUAUAAAAUUAUGGGAUGUCGAAAGAAAGGGUUGUAUAUUCACUUAUAGAGGCCACACCAACGGGAUUAAUUGCGUUCGGUUUAGUCCUGAUGGAAAAUGGUUUUGUUCUGGAUCUGACGAUUCGUCAGCAAAAAUAUACGAUAUUUCCUCUGGUAAACAAAUAGCACAGUUAGCCACUUCGGCUCCGGUGAAAGCAGUAGAAUUCCAUCCAAAUGAGUUUUUGUUAUGUUUAGUAUCUACGGAUAAAACACUAACAUUCUGGGACAUAGAUGUCUUUAAAUCAAUUGGUAGCAGUCAACCAUCUGAUACUACAACUGAUUAUCGUUGUUUAAAAUUUCAUCCGGCCGAAAAGUGUGUAUAUGCUGCAACUAAUGAUUAUUUAAAAGUUCAUAGUUGGGAGCCGACAGAAUAUUUAGACUCCUUGAAAACAGGUUGGGGUGCCAUUAGCGAUAUGGCUUUUUGUCAGGAUCGUAUUGUUGGUGUAUCGAUGCUGGGAUCAAACGUAUCUACUUAUAUUGUUGAUCAGAAUACUUUGCGACCAUUUGGAGCUUCUGGAAGGGAUACUGAUCGUACAGAAAAGGGAAGUUCAGACAAGCGUAGGUCAUUUGCAAAAGAUGAAGCAUUUCAAAGAAGUAACACACCAAAGGAGGAUAAAUUUGAAAAAGAAGAUUUUAGAACGGAAUCACAAGAUUCAGACAAAGCUGACAUUAAAAAUCUUAACGAAUAUAGGGCAAUGUUCCAACCUAAAAAGGAGGAAAGAAGACCACUGACUCAAGGGGGCGUGAAUCCAGAUGAUUUUCUACCGAAAAAGGUACAGUCUACUGAACUGGCUAGAUCUGAGAUACCAAUAACAUUAAAUAAGGGGCACAAUUCAAUGAUUGGUGUCCUACAAGCAAGAGCUAAAAACCUACAGAUUGUACGAGCAUUAUGGACGACGGGAAAUAUCCGAACUUCUAUCGAAACGGCUGUAGGAAUGAAGGAUCAAUCCAUACUCGUUGAUAUAUUGGACGUUAUUAUAAAGAAAAACUCCUUGUGGACUCUGGAUUUAGCUGUUAUUCUCUUGCCCCAUUUAUUGCAGCUUCUCCAAAGCAAAUACGAAAAUUAUGCCAUUGUUGGUCUACACUCGGUAAAAACCAUCUUAAAGUGUUUUGGAUCAGUAGUAAAGGCUAACGUAUCCGCUCCACCUGGUGCUCCAGGCGUCGACAUAUCAAGAGAAGAGCGUCAUGCUAAGUGUAAAGAAUGCUAUGAUCUUUUGUGUAAAGUUCGUCACGUUAUCGAUUCCCCCCAACCACCUAAACACUUGAUUAAAUCUGCCUCCAAAUUAAAAGAAGUUAAAUUUCUAUUCCAACAACUCGACUGAACAAUUACGUUUACAAAGCUGUGAUCACAUGUUUCUCUAUUCCUUAUCUUUUUUCUUUUGCUCUUCUAUCAGCAACUAUUAUCUCUUUUAUUUUCUCUUUACAAUUCAAACAUAUCUUUUACUUAAAUAAAAAAAAUCCACAUAUUUUUGCAACUUCCGCUUUUUUCCUCUUUUGCA